GGCACCAGUCGGCUACACUGCGAGCUGCGCGGCCACGACUCCUGGGUCAUAUGCUGCGCCUUCAGCACUGCCAAUACUUCCGGAUGUAUGUUGGUUUCCGCCGCAGACUGCAGCGUGCGUGUGUGGGACUGUGAGACGUCCGAGUGCGUGCGGGAGCUGCGGGGCCACACCGGCAGCGUGCGGGCUGUGGCGUGGGAGAGCGUCAAGUGGAACUACAUCGCGUCGGCGGGCAAUGACUACACGGUCCGGCUGUGGAACGUGGCGCGAGGAUCGCAGGUGGAUCUGUUCAAGGGCCACACGGACGUGAUCCGCGCCCUGGCCUUCAGCCCCGACGGCCUCAUCCUGGCCUCCUCCGCGGAGGACACCACCAUCCGACUCUACCACGUG